CGAAGGUGGUGCGAAUAUUCUACACAUUUUGUAGGUAUAUAAAAGCGACCACAAUCUUAACCAAAAUUAUCAAAUCUUAUUCAACAAUCAAACAACCAACAUGAAAUUCGCAGUAACCAUCGUUGUUUUGGCUCUCGCCUUAGGAAUUGAAGCAUCUACCGUGGCCUGGGGACCAUGGGGACAUUCUGCUUAUGCUCCAGCAUGGGGUGUUGGUGGAGCUUGGGACGGACGAGCAUUGAGCUCAUCAUGGAAUGAUGGCAGUUGGGCCGGUCAUGGCGCUUUGAAUGAUGGUCAAUGGCAUGAAGGAGUGUGGGGUGAUCGCAGUGCCUGGGGUGGAAAUGGAGCCUGGGCUGGUCAUGGUGCAUGGGCUGCACCAGCUGUUGUUACUGCUCACGCAGCCGUCGUUCCAGCCGUAAGUGGUGCCUGGGGUCAUGAAGGAAGCUAUGUUGCUAAAACUCGUGGUGCUGUACAUGUUGCUCCAUUGGCUGGUCAUGCUCACUCUGCAGCUUCAAUCAACGUUCAUCCAGCCCCUGGAACCGUUUAAAUAGAACCAUAUCUAUACGAUACUAACGGAUUAUCACGGGAACGACUGCUUCACACUCUGCCAUAAAAAUAAGAAAACAUAGGCUAAGAUAUGUAUAAUGCAUUAAAAAUAAAAAUAUGAAU